AUGGCCACCAUAGAAAACAAGUCCCUGUCCACCGAAGGACCCUCAGCCUCCCUUUCAAUGAGACUAUUAAUGCAAGGAAAGGAUGAAGGAGCAUCCAUGCCCCUUGUAACCGUUGUCGUUCCCCCCACAUUCCUUGGUCAGAUGUACCAGAACAACGGCAGCGCAGGAGGCGGCGGCGGACAGCAGAGGCCCCCCAUCACCCUGCGGCUGAUCGUGCCCGCCUCGCAGUGCGGUUCGCUCAUCGGCAAGGGCGGCUCCAAGAUCAAGGAGAUCCGCGAGGUGACCGGCGCCUCCAUCCAGGUCGCGUCCGAGAUGCUGCCCAACUCCACGGAGCGCGCAGUCACCGUGUCGGGCACGUCCGAGGCCAUCACGCAGUGCAUCUACAACAUCUGCUGCGUUAUGCUAGAGUCCCCUCCCAGCGCCACGAUCCCUUACCGCCCAAACCCCAGUGGCCGGGGUCCGGUGAUCCUUGCCGGCGGCCAGGCCUAUACUAUCCAGGGUAAUUAUGCAGUGCCUCAGCGCGAUGUAAGUACCGUUCCCUUUUCCCCACCACCACCUGGGGCCCCCGCCCCGGCCCCUUCAUGGCGGCCCCCUAAGCCCCUCCUGGCCCCAUGUCCCGUCUCCACGGCGCCCUCCCCAGGCCCCCCACACCACGGCGCCGUCAUGACGCCGCGGGCCACCACCCGUGCCAUGCGGGCCACUUGCAGAUCUCGACCCCGGGCCAUUCCGCCGGGCCAUCCCCGGGCCACCACCCGAACACUUGAAGAACGCCAUAUCAGCGUAAUGGCACAACCACAACUGCAGCAUCUCCAGGAUAUGUCCAAGCUUGGUAACUCUCCUUUAGCGGGUCUUCUGGGCCUAGGAAACCUCGCAGGCGCCAACCCUGUCAACCCUACCGGCAACACAGCUGAUGCCUUGGCGGCCCUCGCUGGCUCGCAGCUGAGGACCCCCGCAGGAUCGGGUCCCGGCUCACAGACUCACGAGAUGACGGUGCCCAACGAGCUCAUAGGCUGCAUCAUCGGCAAGGGAGGCACGAAGAUCGCCGAGAUCAGGCAAAUCACAGGCGCCAUGAUCACCAUUAGCAAAUAUGAUGACGGUUCAGAAGACGCAAGCAAGCAAGACCGAACCAUCACUAUCAAGGGUAACGCUGACCAGGUGGCUCUCGCGCAGUACCUCAUCAACACCAGCAUGGAACUGCACAAGGCGCAGCUUGAAGUAAGUAAGGGCGGGUCGACCGGGUCGGGUGGGCUGAGCCCCAGUGCCAUCCCCCUGGCCCAGCUGCUCAAGAACCCGCAAGCCCUGAACGCCUUGUCCUCCCUGAGCCUGCAGGGCCUGUCCUCCCUCACCUCCCUGCUCGCCCCAGACUCCUCCCAGGGCCUGGCCGGUAUUGCGGCUGCACAGGCACAAAAGGCCUACCAACCCAAGCUCCGCGCCCAAGCCUCCGCCCACCAGCCCACUAAUGGCACCCCCAAGGAGAACAAGCGCAGCAAGUUCGCACCCUACUAGACCUGAUCCUCUCCCAGGGGGCCCCGCUCCUCUCCGGGCGCAGAGCGUCCUCAUCCUCCACUCCUGAUGAACCCCGUGGCGCCCCAACAUACAUGGGGACUCAGUUUUCCCGCGUGUCGGCGCCCCCUC